AUGUGCUUUUUUCGCGCUUUGGCGCUCCACAACGGUUGUCACCCAAAGAAUCUAGAGCGGGAUGCACAGCAUUACUGUGAGCGAUAUAAAGAAUCUUUUCCUGAGAAAAAGAAAUUUUGUGGUGUGAAGCUGAAAGAACUGAUCGACCUAGAACACCUCUACGAAGUGAACAUUUUUGUCUAUUCCCUCGAACCCACUAAACCCGAUGGAGAGGAGGGGGAAGAAGACAUGGAAAAAGAGGAAGAGGAUUUCGCUCCUGAGAUCGCUGCGCAGUUAAUUCACCGCUCCCUUUGCCACUACCCAAGUACGCUGUACCUCAACCUGUACCAGAAUCACUUUUCCUAUAUUAAAGAUUUAAAGAAGUAUGCCAAGUCCUACAGCUGCUCGCGAUGUGGAACAUUGUGGAAACAUGUUGGCAAGUUAAAUCGUCAUGAGCGAACCUGUGAAGCAAAGGUGCAUUAUCAGUUUCCAGGAGGUGCUUACAAUACUCCACCAACCAUCUUUCAGUUGCUAGAAGACGAAGGGUUGACUGUUCCUGAGCAUCUCAAGUUCUUCCCCUACAGAGCUACCUUUGAUUUUGAGUGUAUGUUUACAGCUGAGACAGACCUUGACGAUACAGAGAAACUGACUUGGGACGCUAAACAUAUACCCCUCAGCGUGAGUGUCUGUUCCAAUGUUCCAGACUACGACCAACCCAAGUGCUUUGUGUCAAAUGGGGACUCUAAACAACUCGUCAAAGAGAUGUUAGAACACCUCGUAAAAAUAAGUGAAAAGAGUUAUGACCUGUUAAGGAAAACGUUUAACUUUCUUUUUGAAGCCAUCGACCAAAAGCUGGAAGACCUAGAGCAAAAAAACAGAAGCUGGUGACCCUUCAAAAACUAACACAGUAGAAAACCUCACCCAGGAAGAUAGCGAUGAUGAAGGAGAAGAUCUCAUGGACACAGAUGACGAAGAAGAAGACAUCGAGCCUGAAACCGAAGAAGAUCGUGUCUUUAUUGACGAUGACGUAGAAGAACAAGGUGCCUCGUUUUACAGGGCCUUAGAUCGCGAAAACGAGGAUCAGAGUGAGAAUGAUCAAGAGUGUGCGUAUGAGAGACCAGAGGACAACAGCCCAGAACCUAAGAAGAAAAAAGUGCACCCUUUAAAGAAACUGAGAGAUCGUUUCCAAGAAUAUCUACAAGAACUUCCUGUCCUGGGCUUCAAUUCUGGUAAAUAUGACUUGAAUGCCGUCAAAGAAUUUCUGUUUCCUGUCCUGGUCCAGAAUGAAGGCGUUCAGUUUACUAUCAAGCGUAACCACAAUUUCAUGUGCCUAAAGACCCCACAUCUUCGCUUCCUCGACGUCACCAACUUUCUUGCUCCCGGUUUCAGCUACGACAAGUUUCGGAAGGCCUACGAGUGUCCUCAAACCAAGGGGUUCUUUCCUUAUCAAUGGCUGGAUUCUCUUGAGAAAUUAGAACACUCCUCCCUUCCACCUCACGAAGCGUUCUUUUCUACGUUAAAAAACAAGAACAUUUCUGACGAAGACUACCAGUACUGCCGACAAGUCUGGUCGAACGAUAAUAUGCAGACCUUUCGAGAAUUUCUCAUCUGGUACAACAACCUAGAUGUCCAACCCUUCUGCGAGGCCCUGGAAAAAAUGUGCGCCUUCUGGAAAGAUAAAAAGAUCGACAUGUUAAGACAAGGUAUUUCUAUUCCCGGUGUUACCUUGACGUACCUCUUUACCACCCUGGAAUCUGGCAUCUUCUUCUCUCUGUUUGACGAAAAAAACAAAGAUCUGUACUAUCUCUUUAAGAAAAAUAUGGUGGGUGGCCCUAGUAUAAUAUUUCAUCGAUAUCAUGAGGCGGGAAAAACCAAAAUCAGAGAAGAAAUAGAGGAUCAAGGAAAACAAGCAAAAACCUGUCAAAAAAUUGUUGGAUACGAUGCCAAUGCUUUAUAUCUAUGGGCCAUCAUGCAAGACAUGCCCACCGGAUCAUUUACAAGACGCCGAGAGGAAACUGGCUUCAAGAGAGAAAGUUCUUCCAGGAUGGCAACCGAGUGGUUAGAGUGGAAGGCACAUGAAGGAGGAAUUUUUAUACGCCGCCAAAUGAACAAUACAGAAAAACGCAUUGGUGAAAGAAGAAUACCAGUGGAUGGUUUUCACGGUCCUUCGCAAACAGUCUUUCAGUUCCAUGGCUGCUGGUGGCAUGGGCAUAUCUGUCAUCUUACUAAAGGAAUAGAAACGAACGAAAAGAGAAAAAGACCAACGGCGGAGUUACGAGAAGAAACCAAAGAAACCUCCAAGUACAUCAAGGAUCAGGGGUACCAUCUUGUGGAAAUCUACGAGUGCCAGUGGCGUCGAAUUAAGAAAAGCAACUCACAAGUUCAGAAGUUUCUCAACUCCAAGUUUAACCGCCCUCUUGAUCAUCACAAGACUCUGACACAAGACCAGAUCUUAAGCGCAAUAAGAAGCGAGUCCCUCUUUGGAGUGGUCGAGUGUGACGUUAGAGUACCUGAUGCACUAAAACCCAAGUUUGCAGAAAUGUGCCCCAUUUUCAAAAACAUAGAAAUUUCAAGAGAAGAUAUUGGUCAGCACAUGCAAACCUUUGCUGAGGAAGAGAACAUCAUGACACAACCUCGACGAAGUCUCGUUGGUAGCUAUUUUGGCUUCCCCACUCAUUAA